GCAUUGCCGCAGCGCACGCCCCGGUGGCCGCUCGCUGCUUGCCGCGGCCGCACCGCCCUCGCGGGCUGUGGGCUGCGCCCGGCUGCCGGCCGACCCUGCACCGCUGCAGGCGCUGCGGCGCGCCCUUUGCUCAGGGCCGGUGUGCAGGCGGCAUGGGAUAAGACGCCGCCAUGGUGCGCCGAGAUCGCCUCCGCAGGAUGAGGGAGUGGUGGGUCCAGGUGGGGCUGUUGGCUGUACCCCUGCUUGCGGCCUAUCUGCACAUCCCGCCCCCCCAGCUUUCCCCUGCUCUUCACUCAUGGAAGUCAUCAGGCAAAUUUUUUACCUAUAAGGGACUGCGUAUCUUCUACCAAGACUCUGUGGGUGUGGUUGGAAGUCCAGAGAUAGUUGUGCUUUUACACGGCUUUCCAACAUCCAGCUAUGACUGGUACAAGAUUUGGGAAGGUCUGACCCUCAGGUUUCAUCGAGUGAUUGCCCUUGAUUUCCUAGGCUUUGGCUUCAGUGACAAACCGAGACCACAUCACUAUUCCAUAUUCGAGCAGGCCAGCAUCGUGGAGGCUCUUUUGCGGCAUCUGGGGCUCCAGAACCGUAGGAUCAACCUGUUGUCUCACGGCUAUGGGGAUAUCGUUGCUCAGGAGCUGCUCUAUAGGUUCAAGCAGAAUCGAUCUGGUCGGCUUACCAUCAAGAGUCUCUGUCUGUCGAAUGGAGGUAUAUUUCCUGAGACUCACCGUCCUCUCCUUCUCCAAAAGCUUCUCAAAGAUGGAGGCAUGCUGUCACCCAUCCUCACGCGACUGAUGAACUUCUUCGUAUUCUCUCGAGGUCUCACCCCGGUCUUUGGGCCAUACACCCGACCCUCUGAGAGUGAACUGUGGGACAUGUGGGCAGGGAUACGCAACAAUGACGGGAACUUGGUUAUCGACAGUCUCUUGCAGUACAUCAAUCAAAGGAAGAAGUUUAGAAGACGCUGGGUGGGAGCUCUUGCCUCUGUAUCUAUUCCCAUUCAUUUUAUCUAUGGGCCACUGGAUCCAGUGAAUCCCUAUCCAGAGUUUUUGGAGCUGUACAGGAAAACGCUGCCGCGGUCCACAGUGUCGAUUCUGGAUGACCACAUUAGCCACUAUCCACAGCUAGAGGAUCCCAUGGGCUUCUUGAAUGCAUAUAUGGGCUUCAUCAACUCCUUCUGAGCUGGAAAGAGUAGCUUCCCUGUAUUACCUCCCCUAUUCCCUUAUCUGUUGUGUAUUCCACUUAGCAAGAAACGCCCAAAAGAGGUCCUGGCCACCAAACACUAUUCUCUCACAAAAGUCCACCUGACUCACACUGGUGAACAGCAUAUAGUAAAAAGCCAGCAGAAGCUCUAAGGGUGACCUAAUAGUCCACCUCCCAUUCCUUUGACAUCUGGUCAAGUGUAUGGACUUGCCUUUGUGUUAUUAGGAAAUUCUGAUGGGCACUACUACUCACUGAUGCAGAAAGAUAGGCAGACAUUCUUUCUUUUGCAUAAAAGCCUUUGAAACACUUCUAUGGACUUUUCUGAAAUAUUUAGAAAUGCUAAUUUCUGGCCCUGACUGGAAUUAUCUAGAGGUGCCACCUUCACCUUGCCUUGAAUGGCUUUAAUUCUCUAAGUGACACAGAUUCAAGUGAGAAUGACUCUCCCUCGUCAUAACUUUGGAUUUAGUUUCAUUAGCUGCUUCUAACUGUAGUCAUUUUGUUAGAUUUUGGUUUCAAUAAUGCAGUAUUCUAAGUAUACUUUAAGACUAUGAUUUACCUACAUGUAUUAUGUAUGUAUUUUAUAAGGACACUAAACCAGCAGACACUUACUCUAGCAGAGUAGUUUAACCUUAUUAAACAUGUUUCAUUUCUGAGUAAAUUGAACUAAAGCCAAGCUAUUUAUAGAAUUUCCUAAAAUCACAGAACAUUAAGGACAGUAGUCUCUGUGCCAGAGAUUUACUGUUAUUUGCUGUUAGAACUGGUCUUUCCAGCUAAUAACAGUCGGACUCGUCAUACCUCAGUGCUUAGAAGCAUGUCCCUCCUGAGCCAGAGUGGAGAGGAGGGGAUCGUUGUACAGUCCAAGUUACCAGGCUGAAUAUAUACUGAUUGCUCAACUUCUCGUUGGCUGUCCCAGAGAGGGUUCCUCAUGUAGCUCAGCAAUUCCUGUACUU